AUGUCAACCACCACAACUUCAGUCAGCUCAACCAGCACCGCCAGCUGCGGCGGCAGUGUCUGGCAAAUCCCAACAACAGACUAUGCCUGCGCCGCCAUCAUCAGCGGUAACAUGACCGAAGCCAUGGAUCAUUGCUGCAAGGACGCCUCCCCCAAGAAAUACGACAACGACUGCGGUAUCUACUGUCUCGCCCAGGGCCAAGACAUCGGCUCUCUCCAAUCUUGUAUCUCCAGCAAGAGCGGCAACUACCACGACGUCUUCUGUAACACCUCUCGCCAGAAUGCGACCGCCACUGCCGCUGCCACCAAGACUUCUACCUCCACCGGCACCCACACCAGUACCUCGACCUCGACUUCCACCCACAAUGCUGCCGUCGCAAACCAGCCUGUGUCCAAGUCCGGACUUGGUCUCGUUGCUUUGAUCUUUGGAUCGGCUUUUAUGGCUGCUUUCUCUUAG